AUGGCGGAUUUUAUUCGCCAGCAGGUGCAACGACAUUCCCCCGGCAAGGCGGUGGUGUAUUGUGCAACGGUGCCGCAGACCAAGGCGUUGGCGGCGUUGUUACAGUGUGAUGCAUACCACCACCACGCCACCGACAAGGACAUCAAGAUGGAAGCGUUUCAAUCCGGCGAGCAGUCCAUGAUCGUCAGUACGAGCGCAUUCGGCAUGGGGGUCGACAUCCGUGACAUCCGGGUGAUCAUUCACGUCGACGAGCCGCGGUCAUUAUUGGAUUACGGGCAAGAAAGUGGUCGAGCGGGACGAGAUGGGCAGAAGAGCGAGGCGAUCAUCGUAUUGCCGGCCGGGGCGGGUCGACAUUGCCGGCCGUCAUGGCAACCCCGCGACCAGAAGGUGGACGAGGUGGCACGACGGCAGGUGUGGGAUUUCAUGGAAGCACGGUGUCAGCGAGAGGUGAUGGACGGAUUUAUGGAUGGGAACGUUCAGCGCGAGGGGUGUGGGAGUGACGAGGAGGCAUGUCAAGGAUGUUGUCGGGAGGGAGAGUUCGAAGAGAGCAACGAAGCCGAAGGAGAGGACACCGGGGAGAAGAUCCGCGAGAGUGAUGAGGAAGAGACGAAGGAGACCGACGACAGCGACGACGACAAUAGUAGCGAGUGUGAGAGCGAGAGCGAGGGCGGGAGCGAGGGGGAAGGAUAUCAAGAGGCGAGGGCGAGAAAACGAGGGGUGGAGGCCACAUGGGAAGAUGGUCAGGAGUUUCGUCGGCAACAGGGUCAACAACAGCACAUCAGUCGAGGGUGGCAGAGGCAGAAGCAAGAGAGUCGCCGUAUGAUGGAAGAGAUUCGAGGGUAUUUGGAGGUG